AUUUAUGAGCAGUUUAUAUACCGAUGUGGAAAGAAUUUUUUUCCAAGGGCGUCGACAGAAAUUUCGAAACGAGAGGUAUACCGUGAUAUAAGAAUUAUUGGGUAAAAACUAAAGAAUCAGAAUGUGUGGUGGCACCUUAAUUGUCUGUGUAUUAGGAGUGAUGUCCCUUUAAUUUUCAAGAUGGCAGCUUCCGUGUAUCAACACCGGUCCAGAGACAACAAACCAGAAAUGUACUGUUUAUUACUUAUUACUUUGUUCAGUAACAUCGUGAUAUCAUCUGUUGAUUGCCAUGAUAUGUUUUCUCCGGCUGAUAUUUUAUCUUCUGUUGACAACACGUGUUUAGUCUUGUUGACCGAGUUUUCUAGCAUGGACACGUCAGCUGUCUUCGAUGAUCUUACCACCAAAACAUUUAUUGACGAAUCGCGUGUACGGUUUGGUUUAACUGAAGUUACACCUUUUGUAUGGCCUAGUGGUCAGAGUUUAUCAGUAGAGCCUGCUAUUCGUUCAGGUCAAACAGAGAUAAUUGUAUUUGAAAGGAGAAUCCCAGAUAGGACUUGUUUGCUUAUGAGAAAAAGUCCGUCUUCUCUGAGUCCAAUUCCUUAUUCGGGAUUUGUGAGUCGUGAAAGUUUGACUGAUUUUAUAAACAGCAAGUGCAACACAUAUAUGUCUCCAAAUGGAGGACUAACUAUAGAAGGUCAUCAUAGAAAAGAAAUCUUAAAUACACUAUUCUCUGUAGAUCAGGUUUCGGAUGUUACUGUGAGGAAUUUGAAUAUAAUGGACUUGCACUUAUCAGAUAUUGGUACAAAAACUUCAAAGACUAGGUCUUCAUCCUCAGAAAGCAUGGAUAACGGUGAUGCACAAGAAACAAACUCAAUAAAAAUGUCACACGGUUUUAAAACGAAAGAUGAAGAAAAUCUACAAAAUUAUAAAAAUGAUCCGGAAGAGGAUUCUUGUCAAACAGAUCAAAUCUUAGAUGAAAGUCUGACAUACAAGAGAUACAAUUUUGAUGCUAACGAAGUUUAUACGAAUAAAGAUAUUCCACAAUGUGAAAGAAUAAGUGAACCAACAAAAGAAUUUUUUUUCCAUGAAUACUUAAAAAUUUCAAAACCGGUUAUUAUAGAAAAUAUAACUAAAUCAUGGCCCGCAUUUCAGAAAUGGACAAAUGAAUACUUUAGAAAAGAAUAUGGUAAUCAUGAUGUUUAUAUAAAGUUAACACCAGGAGGAGAAUAUGAAGGAGUUGAACAAGCAGAUCUCUGGGAAAAUUUCAACUCUUUCUCUAUCCCUGAUGAAGUCCAAGUUCAACUGCCACAUCCGGAAUUAGUUGUUGUACGACCAGCAUCACUGAAUUUGAAAUUCUCAGAAUUUUUAGACAUGAUUGAAAAUGUUACCAGAGGAGAAUUGAAAAAUGUUUCAGCAUAUUUAGAAUAUUCAUCAAUUCCUCAACAUCUGCCAGAAUUAGAAGAUGACAUCCAAGAAAUGCCAUUUAUUGCCCCAGGAGUACAUAAAUUGGAACACCUUAACAUCUGGCUAAGUGAUGGAAAUACAUUAGGCAAACUUCAUUUUGAUCCAUAUGAUAAUUUUCUUUGCCAGAUACAUGGACAGAAGCAAGUGAUUCUAUUUGAUCCACACAAAAAUGAAAAUCUAUAUGAGGCGCACAUUGCAGAAGCUAUUUUCUCAUACAACAAAACAACAAAAGAGUUCAGACGAAGCACCCUCGUAGACAGUACAUCAAUGGUUAUGUCCCCUGUUGAUAUCAUGAAACCAGACUUUGAGAAAUUUCCACAGUUUGCAUCAGCUUUGCCUUUAAACUGCACAUUAAGGGAAGGAGAUGUCCUCUUCAUGCCAAGCUUCUGGUGGCAUGAGGUCCAGUCCUCCCCUAAUCGGACAGCUGGACAUAACCUUGCUGUAAACUUCUGGUAUGAUCCCUUCCUGACCAAAGAGUUCCCAUGUCCAGAAUGUCGAUUGGACAUCAAUCCAAGGUACCGCCACCUGCUUUGACCCAAAUUGACCCGUGACUCUAUCAGUGGCCAUGAUGAUACAGGAUACAGGAACCCUUCCAGUUUGACUCCUGUCCUGUCAGUAUUGAGACAUUUUACAUUUCUUCUGUGAGCCUUGACCUGUUUUGUGAAGAUGUGUGACAUUUCUACUGUGACCCGUGCCAUUGUCCAUAAUGAUGUGUGACCUUUCCAUUAUGACCCCUGUCCUGCCCAUGAAAAUGUGUGACAUUUCUACUGUGACCCCUGACCUGUCCAUGAUGAUGUGUGGCCUUUCCAUUAUGACCCCUGACCUGUCCAUGAAGAUGUGUGACCUUUCGAUUAUUACCCCAAACCUGUCCAUAAUGAUGUGUGAUCUUCUUUCUGUGAUGCCUCACCUAUCUGUUUUGAGCAUCAACAUUGUCUUUGGGCACGAUCAUUAAGUUGACCUAUAGUAGUAUAAGAACAUGUUCCAGGUAAAUUUUUCUCAAAGCUAAGAGAGAAGGACCGAG